UGUUGUAGUCUUAAUAGUUGUAGUAGCUGUAAUGUACUGUAGGGUAGUAAUAGUUGUGGUAGUUGUAGUCUUAAUAGUAGUAGUAGCUGUAAUGUACUGUAGGGUAGUAAUAGUUGUGGUAGUUGUAGUCUUAAUAGUAGUAGUAGCUGUAAUGUACUGUAGGGUAGUAAUAGUUGUGGUAGUUGUAGUCUUAAUAGUAGUAGUAGCUGUAAUGUACUGUAGGGUAGUAAUAGUUGUGGUAGUUGUAGUCUUAAUAGUGGUAGUAGCUGUAAUGUACUGUAGGGUAGUAAUAGUUGAGGUAGUUGUAGUCUUAAUAGUAGUAGUAGCUGUAAUGUACUGUAGGGUAGUAAUAGUUGUGGUAGUUGUAGUCUUAAUAGUAGUAGUAGCUGUAAUGUACUGUAGGGUAGUAAUAGUUGUGGUAGUUGUAGUCUUAAUAGUAGUAGUAGCUGUAAUGUACUGUAGGGUAGUAAUAGUUGUGGUAGUUGUAGUCUUAAUAGUGGUAGUAGCUGUAAUGUACUGUAGGGUAGUAAUAGUUGAGGUAGUUGUAGUCUUAAUAGUAGUAGUAGCUGUAAUGUACUGUAGGGUAGUAAUAGUUGUGGUAGUUGUAGUCUUAAUAGUAGUAGUAGCUGUAAUGUACUGUAGGGUAGUAAUAGUUGUGGUAGUUGUAGUCUUAAUAGUAGUAGUAGCUGUAAUGUACUGUAGGGUAGUAAUAGUUGUGGUAGUUGUAGUCUUAAUAGUGGUAGUAGCUAUAAUGUACUGUAGGGUAGUAAUAGUUGAGGUAGUUGUAGUCUUAAUAGUAGUAGUAGCUGUAAUGCACUGUAGGGUAGUAAUAGUUGAGGUAGUUGUAGUCUUAAUAGUAGUAGUAGCUGUAAUGUACUGUAGGGUAGUAAUAGUUGUGGUAGUUGUAGUCUUAAUAGUAGUAGUAGCUGUAAUGUACUGUAGGGUAGUAAUAGUUGUGGUAGCUGUAGUCUUAAUAGUAGUAGUAGCUGUAAUGUACUGUAGGGUAGUAAUAGUUGAGGUAGUUGUAGUCUUAAUAGUAGUAGUAGCUGUAAUGUACUGUAGGGUAGUAAUAGUUGUGGUAGCUGUAGUCUUAAUAGUAGUAGUAGCUGUAAUGUACUGUAGGGUAGUAAUAGUUGAGGUAGCUGUAGUCUUAAUAGUAGUAGUAGCUGUAAUGUACUGUAGGGUAGUAAUAGUUGUGGUAGCUGUAGUCUUAAUAGUAGUAGUAGCUGUAAUGUACUGUAGGGUAGUAAUAGUUGUGGUAGCUGUAGUCUUAAUAGUAGUAGUAGCUGUAAUGUACUGUAGGGUAGUAAUAGUUGAGGUAGUUGUAGUCUUAAUAGUAGUAGUAGCUGUAAUGUACUGUAGGGUAGUAAUAGUUGAGGUAGUUGUAGUCUUAAUAGUAGUAGUAGCUGUAAUGUACUGUAGGGUAGUAAUAGUUGAGGUAGUUGUAGUCUUAAUAGUAGUAGUAGCUGUAAUGUACUGUAGGGUAGUAAUAGUUGAGGUAGUUGUAGUCUUAAUAGUAGUAGUAGCUGUAAUGUACUGUAGGGUAGUAAUAGUUGAGGUAGUUGUAGUCUUAAUAGUAGUAGUAGCUGUAAUGUACUGUAGGGUAGUAAUAGUUGAGGUAGUUGUAGACUCACUAGUGGUAGUAGUUAAGCAAUUCCAUGGUAAAGCAAUUAUGCUGAGACUAGAGGUCGACCGAUUAUGAUUUUUCAACGCCGAUACCGAUUAAUGGAGGACCAAAAAAGCCAAU